AUGGGAAUCGAUAAGGUGAAAUGUCAGGCAUACGAGCUGAACAUGCGUGCCAAUCAUUUUGAUGACCAGUACAGAGGUUGUGAGGAUGAGAUGGAGAGAGAAGCUAAUCAGUUGCUACAAGAUGAGAAAAAAAAGAAUUCAGAUUUUAAAGAAGUUUGGGAACAUUCCCAAAAAAACUGGAACAAGUUAAAAAAGCAGAAAAAUAUAAAGAUCCCAGCUGGGUUAAAAGAUAAUUAUGGAAUAGCUGUUGUAACUUUUACAGAAAACUAUCCCGAAAAGAAUCCUUUUCACAAACAGUUAAAUGAUAAAUUAACAGAGGCUGGAGAAUCUGUUGAAAAUUAUCGUAAAAAAUUUAAUUUCAAGGCAUUUCAUUUCUACUUAACAAGAGCCUUGCAAGUGCUUAGGACCCAGAAAGAUAAAUCCAAAAUAUAUAAAACAUAUAGGGGAAGUAAAGUUUCUUCUAAUGUGGCAAAUUUUGUAAGGUUUGGAAGAUUUACUUCAUCUUCCCUAAAUAGAAAUGAAGCUAAAACAUUUGGAGAAAAGUCCUUCUUUAAUAUAAGUACAAGAUUUGGGGUGAAUAUUACAGCCUAUUCCAUAUAUCCUAAUGAGGAAGAAGUUUUAAUUCCAGGCACAGAACAAUUUCAGAAAAAAUCACACAAAGGAAAUGCAUAUAAUCUUACAAGCACAGGACAAAUGUGCAGUUAUUUUAAUUGUGCUUAUUUUACAGGAAACAAAAGGACCAAAAAAUACCCUGGAAAAACUAAAAAGCCUAUGUGUCACAGAGAUACAAGUGGCUCCAUUGAUAGCAAUAGAUCUCAUGUUGCCAGUGGCUGCACCAAGGAGGUGUGGGUACAACUCUCUUUGAAAUCUGUAAUUUUUGAGCAUUGA